AUGUUUUUUGUUGUGGUCCUUCAUAACAAUCGGGAAAACUUAAAAACUUACCAACUUUUAUUUCAACUGAAUAAAAUAAAAAAUGUUACGAUUAUGUGGCCAACUAUUAACACGACAUGCGAAACCUUUGGCUACUGUUGCAUUUAAAACUCACGUGAAUUAUCUUCAAAUAAUACACAAAUCCCCACAGAAGCGCUAUUUUUCUCAGCGUCCAAAUUAUAAUACCGGUGGACUUGGCGUUUCAAUUGCGGGAAAAGAGGAAAAAGUUACACCAUUGGGAUGGUUUCUAUUGCUUAUUCCAAUAACAACAUUCGGUUUAGGAGUCUGGCAAACAAAACGCAAGGUAUGGAAAGAGCAACUUAUUAAAGACAUUGAAACAUUAACCAAAAUGCCACCAGUGGAUUUACCAGAUGAUUUAGAUACUUUAAAGAACAUGGAAUAUCGUGCCGUAAAAGUUAAAGGCCAUUUCAUACACGAGAAGGAGUUGGUAAUGGGCCCUAGAGGUUUUAUACGUCCCGAUGGAGCUGAAACACAAGGUGGAUUGUUUUCACAACGUGAUGGGGGAAAUGGUUAUUGGAUAAUAACUCCAUUUAAGCUAAAUGACAGGGAUGAUACUAUCCUUAUAAAUCGUGGUUGGAUACCAAGAAAAAAUUUAAAUCCCGAAACACGUCAAGCUGGACAAAUUACUAAAGAAAUUGAAUUGACUUGUGUGGUGCGUAAGGGAGAGCAACGGCCACAGUUUACUCCAGAUCAUAAGGGUGAUAUGUUUCUUUAUAGAGAUUUGCCCAAAAUGUGUGCUAUGACCGGAGCCCAGCCCGUAUUUCUUGAUGCUUCCUAUCAGUCCUCGGUGCCUGGUGGGCCCAUAGGAGGGCAGACGCGUAUUACUCUACGCAAUGAUCACCUUUCAUAUCUAAUUACCUGGUACAGUUUAUCGUUAGCCACCGCUUUUCUAUGGUAUCGUACGAUUUUGAAAAGGAAACCUUUUUGAAAUUUUAAAUGAAAUAGAAAAACCCACAAAGCGUAUUAUCAUUCGUUUGCUUAUAUAUUUUUUUUCGUUUAGUUAAACUAAUUGUAUGUU